AUGUCCCCAUCAUUACCAGAGGUAUCUCAUGCGCAAAUCGGGCAUGGAGAUGGUGUCUACUUGGUCAUCGAUUUGCACGGCUGCCAUCAUUGGCUGAAAGUCACAUUGCUCGGUGAUCAAGGGUGGGCGAGAAGAUUGCUUGAAUCUCUUCAACCGAAGGCGCAGAGUGAAUGUGCGGGAGGGGUGGGAAAGUUAGCCUCCGGUAUACAAUCUAACAGGGGAGCAAUAGGUGAGAAGUGGGGGUGGAAUCCGCUUGCACGCCUACAUGGGAAGCAGUGCUUGGUUAAUGCCGCGAUGGUCCCAGUGCUAUUCCGACGGAAGAGUGGUUCCAUAGACGUCAUUUGGUGGAGCAUACUCAGGGAGGCAUUUGGGAGCGUGGAUUUGGGAUCGAGAGUGCGUUAUGACGAGUACCGAAGGAUUCAAUUCGUGGGAUGGACAAUUGAAGGGACACUCGCUUUCUGA